AUGGCACCGAUCAAAGAAAUCCUCUUCGACUGCGACAACACUCUCGUCCUCAGUGAGCACCUCGCCUUUGAAGCCUGUGCCGAACUCGCAAACGAAAUCUUGGAAAAGCAUGGAAAGUCGGAGCGCUACACCGGACCCCAACUCCUCAAGGAGUUUGUCGGUCAGAACUUCAGAGGCAUGAUGGUCUCGCUGCAAAAGAAGUACGGCUUCGAGAUUCCGGAGGAGGAGUUCAACCAGUACGUCGACCGCGAGCUCGGCAAGGUUGUCGAGACGCUUGAGAAGAAGGCAGAGCCUUGCGCCGGCGCCACUGAGGUUCUGGAGAAGCUGUACAAGAGCAAGAAGUACGGUCUCGCUGUUGUCUCUUCGUCUGCUCUGUCGAGAGUCCAGGCCUCCAUUAGGAAGGUCGGCCAGGACAAGUUCUUCCCCUCAGAGCAUGUCUACAGUGCUGCCACUUCUCUUGAGAAGCCCACCUCGAAGCCGGACCCCGCCAUCUACCUCCACGCCUGCAAGGAGAUCGGUGUUGAGCCCAGCCAGUGCGUCGCCAUCGAGGACAGCAAGUCAGGAGCCACUGCCGCAAAGAAUGCUAAGAUCCCUCUUAUCGGCUACGUCGGCGCCUACGACGAGAAGGAGGAGCAAGACAGAAUGGCCAAAAUGCUGACCGAGGAGUGUGGUGCCAUCACCAUCAUGUACCACUGGAACGAGUUCUUUGACUGCAUGGAGAAGGUUGAGCAGUCUCUGGCAUGA